AUAACGGUACUCAUCCAUUCAUCAGAGUAUUCGAACCCAGUCACAGAGACACACUUGACACUACUGUUCUCCUCAUCCUACGUACGCACUGUUUCAUUUCAGCCAUGCCCAUGAGCAUCCCCCGCGCGGCGCACCUCCUUGUGCUCCUCUCCGUUCUAGCCAUCUCCCUCUCGUCGUGCGGCGCCGCCGCAGCGUUGCCGGUGUACGACACGGACGGCCACGAGCUGAGCGCCGACGCGGACUACUACGUCCUCCCGGCACCGCCCCGCGGGAGCGGCGGCGGCGGCGGCGGGCUCACCAUGGCCCCCAAGGGCCUGCACCCGUGCCCGCUCUUCGUCGCGCAGGAGACGGACCCGCUCCGCAAGGGCUUCCCCGUGCGCUUCGCGCCGCUGCAGCAGGACCAGGGUGGCAGCGACCGCGCCGUGCGCGUCUCCUCCGACGUCGGCGUCCACUUCGCCGCCGCGACGACGUGCGUGCAGACCACCGAGUGGCACGUCUCCGGCGACGGCGCCGCGCCGCGGUCGGGCCGUCGGCUCGUCCUCACCGGCCCGGUCCUGUCCUCGAGCCCGAACGGACGGGAGAAGGUGUUCCGCGUCGAGAAGCACAGCCGCGGGUACAAGCUGGUGUGGUGCGGGGGCUCCAGCGCGUCGACGUCGUGCCAGGACCUGGGCGUGUUCAGGGACGAUGGGGACCGCCGCGCGUGGCUCGGCACCACCGAGACCGACCGGGCUCAUGCCGUCGUGUUCCAGAAGGACACCACCAUGCAUGCUUGAUGCGGUGCUUCGUUUCGUAUGCGUAGUGCGUAGCAGUUGCUCUUGCUCAACUCGACUCUGGUUUACAAAUAGUUUGCCAAAAUAGCUUAAACUCCGCCAACAGAGACCGUACGUGAAGCUAAAAAACAGCUCUGCCGGUGAAUUGGAGCUAUGACAAACAGAGUCUAAAUUGGACCCAGAUAAAAUCAAUAGAAAACAAGAAAUCAUGCAAGCAGAAGAUCCGAGGAACAACAAUUUCUUCUACUUGUUUCUCAUGAAUUGAAUCAUUAUUAACAAUGGACCCUUGCGCUAAUGCGCUUGAUCA